AUGAAGCAUGGAAAAGCCCUGGAGGCUUUCGCAAAGAAGGAGUAUAAAAAGGUAAUGAAAAAAACGCAUAAGAAGUUUUCAUCUAUAAACACUGGGUUGCAAAUUUCUGCUGAUAAGCCUUUCUUGGCUGCAAGUGUGGACUUGGAAACCAGUUGCAAAUGUUGUGGUGAAGGACUCUGUGAAAUUAAAUGCCCCGAGACCAUCAAAGAUCAGAAACCGACCCAUGAAAAUGUUAAGUACAUCAAAGAAAAUGAUGGCAUUGUUUCACUGUGUGAAAAUCAUCAGUACUUCUUCCAAAUUCAGGGACAAAUGGCCAUUUCAAAACGUGAUCAUUGUGAUUUUUUUGUGUUUACCUAUCAUGGUAGUUUAUGCAUUCGUGUACCAUUUAGUGCAGAAUUCUGGGCAACAAUGGAAGAUAAGUUAACCUGGUUUUGGAUGGAACAUGUGCUGUCAAAGACGGAAAAAGGCAGCGAAAACACUAUCUACUUAUGUGGAACAUGUGGCGAUGAAUGUGUUGACAUUCCUGAACAUUCAGAUGAUCAGUCUGUUGGCUGCGACAAAUGUGGUGUGUGGGUGCACUACAGGUGUGCAGGCGUAACGGAUGAAUCUGUUCAAGAUAUCGACAGGUGGAUUUGUGCAAAGUGCCAGGUGUGA